AUGGCAGUCUAUUUCUUAAAUGCGCUUGGUCCAACACCACCGCUUGUGCUGUUCGCAACCCUCAUAAUCCUACCAUUAGCAUAUUCCAUCUACCAACGACGCUUCCAUCCCCUGGCCGGUAUCCCUGGGCCUCUCUGGGCCAGUCUUACCCGACUAUGGAUGACGAAGCACUCCUGGGACGGUGACAUGAAUGUCGUCAUGAUCGAGCUGCAUCGGAAGCAUGGCAGUCUUGUUCGUACUGGACCAAGCGAAGUCAGUGUGUCCGACUUGUCAGCGAUCAAGCAGAUCUAUGGUGCAGGCACAAAAUUCAGGAAAUCAGAAUGGUACUCAGUAUGGCAAGGUCAUCGGAAGUUUGACCUGUUCGGAGAGCGUAAUGAACAAUUCAUGCAACCCAACGCCGACUAUCUAAGGGACCUUGAGCCAUAUGUGGACGAUGCUGUCAAGGUAUUCCUGGAUAAUAUGGCCGAGCGUAGUGGCCAAGUCCUUGAUUUGGGCAAUUGGGUCCAGUUGUUCGCCUUUGGUAUUAUCUAUGAGAACGUGAUCGGCGGAGUCACAUUCUCCAAGAGGUUUGGCUUCAUGGAUGCCGCUGCAGACGAUGGUUCCUUUGGCAGGAUCGAGGCUGCCCUCAAGUCAGCCGCGUGGGUGGGCCAGAUACCGAUACUAUACUGGAUUCAUGACGCAUUGUCGCCUUACAUAGGGAAUCAUCUCGGCAUUGCGGCUCGUCACGGGAGUCUCCGUAAUUUUGCAGUCCAAGAGAUCACAGCACGUCAAGAUCGAGGAGGCGACCAGCAUGACAUCCUGUCGAAGCUGAAGGCUAUCCAGAAAGCCAAACCACACGAGAUGGAUGGGAAUGGCGUGGCGAGCAUGGCUACAAGUAAUGUUUUUGCUGGGUCUGAUACGACUGCCAUAUCCCUCCGCGCCAUCAUAUACUAUCUGCUGAAGAACGUCAGUUACAAGCAAAGAUUGAUCAACGAGAUUGAUACUUCGCGAAGUCAGGGCAGACUUAGCGACCCUGUGAAGCUUUCCGAGGCGGACAAUAUGCCAUAUUUGCAAGCUGUGAUGUAUGAGGCGCUGAGACUGCAUCCUGCAGUCGGCAUGAGCUUGCCUCGAACUGUCCCACAAGGUGGCGCCAAUAUUGCAGAACACUAUCUCCCCGCAGGGAGCGUCGUUGGCGCUAAUCCAUGGGUCGUCCAUCGUAACCGAGAAGUGUUUGGUGAUGAUGUGGAAGCAUUUCGUCCAGAGCGAUGGCUAGACGAAGACAAGAAGGGCGACAUGCAUCGUUACUUCUUCGCGUUUGGAUCCGGAGCUCGCACUUGUAUCGGCAGAAACAUAAGUUGGCUGGAGAUGUAA